UGGGCCUCCUCGUUCAACGAAGCUCCCGAGCUUUCCCAUUCCUUCUCAAAACCCUAAACCCUGAUCGGCGGAAACUCCCCUCGCUCUCUCAUCUCUUUCUCUCUCUAGUGCUGUCUCUCUGUCGCCAUGGCGGAGCUGAAGCUCUCAGAGACCCGGGACCUGACCCGAAUCGAGCGCAUAGGCGCCCACUCUCACAUCCGCGGCCUCGGCCUCGACUCCUCCCUCGAGCCCCGCGCCGUCUCCGAGGGCAUGGUCGGCCAGACCGCUGCCCGCAAAGCCGCCGGCGUCAUCCUCCAGAUGAUCAAGGACGGCAAGAUCGCCGGACGCGCCGUGCUCCUCGCUGGCCAGCCGGGCACCGGCAAGACUGCCAUCGCCAUGGGCAUGGCCAAGUCCCUCGGCCUCGAGACCCCAUUUGCGAUGCUCGCGGGCAGCGAGCUCUUCUCUCUCGAGAUGUCCAAGACCGAGGCCCUCAUGCAGGCAUUCCGAAAGGCAAUCGGGGUGAGAAUCAAAGAGGAAGCUGAAGUGAUUGAAGGCGAGGUUGUUGAGGUCCAAAUUGACCGCCCUGCGGUGGCGGGGGCUGCCUCGAAGACUGGAAAGUUGACGCUGAAGACAACAGAGAUGGAGACGGUGUACGACUUGGGGGCGAAGAUGAUCGAGGCGCUGGGGAAGGAGAAGGUGCAGAGUGGGGACGUUAUCGCCAUCGAUAAGGCAUCAGGGAAGAUCACGAAGCUUGGAAGGUCGUUCGCGCGGUCGAGGGACUAUGAUGCGAUGGGGCCGCAGACGAAGUUCGUGCAGUGCCCAGAUGGCGAGUUACAGAAACGGAAGGAGGUGGUGCAUUGUGUCACUCUCCAUGAGAUUGAUGUUAUCAAUAGCAGGACACAAGGAUUUCUGGCUCUGUUCACUGGUGAUACUGGUGAAAUCCGUGCAGAAGUGAGGGAGCAGAUAGACACCAAAGUGGCAGAGUGGAGGGAGGAAGGAAAAGCUGAGAUAGUGCCAGGAGUCCUCUUCAUUGAUGAAGUGCACAUGCUCGAUAUAGAGUGCUUCUCUUUCUUAAAUCGUGCUUUGGAGAAUGAGAUGGCUCCUAUAUUGGUUGUUGCUACCAACAGAGGGAUCACCACCAUUCGAGGCACAAACUACAAAUCCCCGCAUGGAAUUCCCAUUGACCUUCUGGACCGUCUUCUUAUCAUCACUACUCAGCCCUAUACUGAAGAUGAAAUCCGCAAGAUUAUAGACAUUAGGUGCCAAGAGGAGGAUGUCGAAAUGUCUGAAGAGGCAAAACUCUUGUUGACAAAGAUUGGAGUGGAUACAUCCUUGAGGUAUGCUAUCCAUCUCAUUACCGCUGCUGCUUUGGCGUGCCAAAAGCGAAAGGGGAAAAUUGUGGAGGUGGAGGAUAUCACGCGAGUCUACGCACUCUUUCUGGAUGUGAAGAGAUCAACACAGUACUUGAUGGAGUAUCAAAGUCAGUAUAUGUUCAGCGAAUUUGGCAAUGCUGAGGAAGAUGAAGCCAAUGUGAUGAUUUCCUGAGGUAGUACCUCAUCAGUAAUGAUGUAAAGAAGCUUCUUUCCUCGUGUUUGGUUUUAAUAUGGUUCACCAGAUGGUUAGGUUGAUAGGAUUGUUACCAGACCCUCUCCGUUCUUAAUCAGGACCUGGUGGACUUGCAAUGUGACAGUCAAUUUGUUCUGCUCAUGCACAAAAUGAUUCUGCCUUUGGAAUCCACGCUAAUUGCACAGUGGAUCCGAAUAUGUUGUUUCUGCAAAUGGUUUCGAGCCUAUGUUGCUCGGCGAUUUUU